CUGUUCCGCCUCCCUCCAUCCAUCCACUUCUUUGGCUCCCCUUUCCGCCUCGCCGACUCCUCCUGCUCUCGCCUUUCCGCCCUCCGCUCUUGCUCCCCUCCCAUCCUCCCCAAUUGCUCUCUCUGCCCUUCCGACUGCUCCCUCGUCAAAACCCCUCUCCGCCUCCUCCCCGCCUGCUCUUCCCCCCCUCUCCGCCACCCAUCACAGCAGGGCUGCCAGUCCGACGUCCUCGACUAUCUCCUUCACUUCCUCCAGAUUGGGUUCGAGGUCGAGUACGACGAGGGCGACGAGUAUUUCUCCAGCUGUAAACUCUGUCGAUCUGGGAAUGGGGUUUGUGGGUUUAACUCCUCCGAUCCGGAGAAGAAGUUUAUUUGCUUCCGCUCCGCCGCCCGGAUUUCGCAAUGGAUUCGCGACGAGGAUACGAAUCGGAUUGCGAUCCUCUGCUCUAUUUUCAUGAUGAUGUGUUUGCUUCUCGUGGUUUUGAUUGUGGCGGCGGUUUUCAGGUCCAAGCACUUGAAGGCGCUUGUUGCGGAGGAGGAUCCGACGACGACGUUCCUCCACCGUCACCGCUCUGCUAGCUUGCUCCCUCCGGUGUUCACCUACGAGGAGCUGGAAGCGUCGACGAAUCGGUUUGACCCGAAGAGGAAGAUUGGGGACGGUGGGUUCGGGUCGGUUUACUUGGGGCAGCUAUUCGAAGGGAGGAUUGUUGCUGUGAAGUAUCUCCAUAAGCAGCACCACCACGCCACCGCCUUCUCCGCCAAGUCAUUUUGUAACGAAAUCUUGAUUCUGGUUUGCUGCCUGGUUUGCUCUGUGCUUUCCUUGGUCUUGCAUUUCUCUCUGAUGCAAUUGUGA